AGAGAGCUGAGGAAUCCAAACAUGGAAAUACUAUUUAAUACUAGUAUUUUUGGUGGAUGGCAACACAAGAAAGCAAAAGAAACUGAUGCAGUUUUUUGGAUGCUGGAUGAAGAGAAAGCUAAAGAAACAGGUAGAAGACAGGAGAGCGGAGAGCAAGAUAGCUGGGUGGGGCCGAUAGUGCUGAGUGAGACUGAUCUCUGUUCAUUCUCUUGGCUGGUAGUCAGUGUGCGUGUGUGCCCACUAUAGGAUCAUGGUCAGGAUGGCAGCAUGGGCAGAGCCGGGCAGCGUUUGCCAGUGUGCCAGGGACAGAGGGGCAAGCCUAUUGAGAAGCAGUGUGAUGGACACAAUGGGUGCGACAGACUUGCUGCAUCAACAGGCUUUUUGCUGCUGUGGCCAGAAAUAAACCAUAAAUACCCCUACUGGCCUCCACCGACUGCUCGCCAGGCCUCCACACCCACACACACCCUCACACUGAGACAGGCAGAAAAGAGCGAGAAAAAGAAAGAGGAAAGACGGAGAGCGUGGCUUGUACGUGGUGCAGUGAAGCACAAGCCAUCCAGAGGGAAAAUGACAGAACAGCAGGGAACCCCUGACCAGCUGCCUGCAGAGAAGGGCCAAGGAGGUGCUGGAGCCACAUACAAGUUGGCCGUUUUUGAGUUCGAGAAUUUCCGUGGAACGAAGGUGGAGUUGUCUGGUGAAUGUAAAGAUGUGCUGGAGAAGAUGCAGCGAGUCGGCUCAGUCAUUGUGGAGUCAGGACCGUGGGUGGGAUUUGAGCGUCCAGGUUUUGCAGGAGAGCAGUUUGUGCUCGAGAAAGGGGAGUAUCCUCGCUGGAGCGCUUGGACAAACUGCCAGAGUACCUACAACUUGACCUCAUUCAGGCCUCUGAAAGUGGACAGUGCAGAUCACAAGCUGUGCCUGUUUGAGAACGCAGCCUUUGAAGGCAGAAAGAUGGAGAUUGUUGAUGAUGAUGUCCCCAGUCUGUGGGCUUAUGGUUUCCAGGACCGCGUGGCCAGUGCUAAGGCUAUCAGUGGAGCAUGGGUGGGAUACAUGUAUCCAGGCUACAGAGGGAGUCAGUAUGUGUUUGAGCAUGGAGACUUCAAGCACUGGAAUGAUUGGGGAGCCACUGCACCUCAGAUCCAGUCCGUCCGACGUGUGCGGGACAUGCAGUGGCACAAGAAAGGGUGCUAUAUUGCCCCUGCCCCUGCCCCUACACCUCCCAAUCCCAAUCCCGACCCCAACCCCGCUCCUGCUCCUGCUCCUGCUCCUGCGCCUGUGCCUGCUCCUGCGCCUGCUCCUGCUCCUGCUCCUGCCCCUGCCCCUGCCCCUGCUCCCAAAUCCCAAACUCAACCGCAAUCUUAACACCACACCUCCAGCACCUCCUACAGCAACUGGGGCAAGAUACAGGCAGCCAGCCACUGCCCAGUCUCUCCACCAAACCCCCACUUAGUUUAGGUUAUCAGACCAUGCAAUUUUGGAAAACUGGAACAGACAAUAAUGAAACAUGCAUCUCUGCUGGAAAUAAAGGUUUUGGCCCUGA